CUGCAUACGGUCUUACUGUGUGCAAAAAUAAACAAAAAUUGCAAAGCUAGCAAGUAGAAAUUAACUUAAUAUUAUUAAACUAUGCACUUAAAUUGUGAACUGUGAGGUAUUGUGAAAAGUGCACGAAUCGGGUGACCACUUGGUGCUAUGUAAAUUUGCCUGCCACUUGUCUUGCUCGAGAGACAAAAACGCCAAGUAAUUGAAAGCGAAACCCUUGCGAGAGGGUCAAGGAGAAGGACUAAAGAGGACAGCCAGGAUGGUGCUCGUGCUGAAUGGUGUGCUGCAGGACGACUGCCCCAUGGACACCAACAGCCUGUUCCUGCAGCAUCCCGUCUACAGAGACUACGCCCAGCAGCUGCACUCCAUCCAGGCCAAGUCGGUGGGUCCGGUGGGUCUGCUCUACGUGGGUCAGCGGGAGAUGGCCGCCUCCGCGCCGCACGACAAGCACGUCAACAUCAUCGGUGCCGACGAUGCCACCACCUGUAUUAUCGUCGUCGUCCGACACUCCGGAUCUGGUGCUGUGGCACUGGCGCACUUCGAUGGCAGCGGCGUGGACGAGGCUGUGUGCACCAUGGUGUCGCGGGUUCAGGAGCUGGCCGUCGGCUAUCCGGAGGGUCGCAUCGAGUUGCAGUUGAUUGGUGGCUAUCGGGAUGCCAAGGGAUACGGCGAGGACGUAUUCUUCAGCAUUAUGCAAUCAUUCCACAAUCACCUACUGGAGAUCGAUCUGACGCAGGCUUGCGUGGGCGAGCUGAAUACCAUGAUGCGCGGCGAGAUCAACUGCCCGAUCAUCUACGGCGUGGGCGUGAACAUCAAGACUGGUGAGAUCUUUCCGGCCUCCUUUCCCGACCGAGGACCCGACCGGGAGCUACGCGAUGCUCGCAUUUUCAUGGGCGCGCAGUCGGUUCUGGAUAUAUACGACUCUUCGCUGGGCAUGCUACGCAUUGGACCCUUCAACUACGAUCCGUUGCGCGGCGCUGAACUGUGGCUAUCACAAACGGAUGAGUUUCUGCUGCAGCACCUGUCCUCCAGUCCAGACGUGGAGCCGCCUCACUUUGCGCCUCAGACGCGUGCCACCAUUAGGUUUAUACAGGAGAAUCAGUUCCCCGCCGUCACCGUCUUCAGGGACAAUCGGCCGCGCUACUUUCGACGGGAUGACGCCACGGGCUUCUGGGUGCUGGUUAGAUAUUAAAGCUUAUUUUUAGUGUUUAGUUGUUACGCAGUUCGAAAAUGUCGCAGAUGUGUUAAUUGAUUGGUGCAUGUGUUAAUUGUCGCUGUCCAUCGCAAAAUGCUUCUGCUUGCCUUUUGUUUAAGUUUUGAUCGUUGAGUUGAUUGUAUUCGGCUGUAAUUGUCAUUGAUUUCCUGAUUAACCAAUCACCUGUUAAUCUGCUGUAAUUAUCGGCCGAUUAGCAAUUGCAAUUGAUGAAUGCGACAUAAUCUCUCUUCAAUUAGAUACAAGAUUGAGUUCCGACGCUGGAGACGGUUGCUUGGGACGAGCCUUAGAAAUGGAUCUGAACUGGGAACGUAAAAGCGAUAUAUAACGAUAAAUAAAUAACUAUUACAAUUCGAUGUGCACAUGUGCAUGUAAAUAUUUAUGUGAAACCCCAUUAAAGAACCUAUUACUAUUUAAAAGAGA